UCAUUCAGCUAAUUUGGCAGGAAGUCUACAAAUUGUGUCAGCUCCAGUGUGCUCUGGAUCAUUCAGUCAUGGUGACUCAGCUCUACCUAGGUGUGAUAAUCGUGGCAGUUUUUGCAACGACUGUUGCUAAUGCAGAUAUCAAAGUAGUCUGUACAAAAGACUCGGUAAGAAUAACAUGGAGGAUCAGUGCGGAGUUGGUGCCACAUGCAGCUCGUCUCUUCCUUGGAAACUGCAUGGCGUCUCAUUUCAAUAUUAAGCCCACGGGAGAGGGGGAAGCGCAGUUCAGCUACCCAUUGUCUGACUGCAAAUUUAAAAGACUGAUGAAAGGAAACAAUGUCUUCUAUAAAAAUGAACUGACUUACAGGCCAUAUUCAAAGCCCAAACCUGCAGCCUUUGUGCAUCCCAUCGAGUGUGUUUAUAAAAGACCUGAGGGGUGGGUUUCCCCUCUCCCGAACCCUGGAUCAGGUGUUUCUGAAGGUCGAGGCAGGCUGGUCUUCCACAUGGCACUCCUCAAUGAGCAAUUAACAAGUGUAGCGAAGACAAACGUAAUCCCCCUGGGCUCCUUCAUGCCGAUAUGGGCGGCAGUGGAGCAAAAGUCCCAUCAGCCCUUGCUACUGCUCAUGGAGGAAUGUGUGGCAGCCACUACACCAGAGCUGCAGCCUGGCAGCCAGGUUUACCCCAUCAUUAGCAAUAAGGGGUGUCUUUUGGAAAGCAUGAGGGGAAACGCUUUGUUCCUCCCUCGGUACCAUUCGUCUGCAGUCAUCCUUUACCAGCAGUCCUUCAAGUUUGGCCUCGGAGACGAGGUGUACAUUCACUGUAAACUGGUUGCAUGGGAUCCUGAGGCUCUUGACGAAAGCAACAAAGCCUGCCAUUAUGUAAAGGAAAACGCAAGGUGGGAACUACUCGACGACCCCUUUCAGAGCUCCCUCUGUAGCUGCUGUGAUUCAACCUGCAAGUCCCGCUCCAAAAGAGGAGUCGAAUCCCACAGCUUUAGUCCCAAUUCUGUGUUGGGACCCCUGAUCAUCGUGGAUCCGUCUGACUCAAAGGCCCAGAACACAUCAGAGGUGUCUGUUACUGCAGCCAACUCUCCGGUGUAAUGAUAAGCCAUGAAGUUUAAAGGUCUUUGUCCUGCAACUGGACGUCUUGUUAAACACUGAAAAGUGAUUGACGUUCUUUUUUUUAAAACAUUUUCUAAACCGGAAAGCCCAGUCUAAGCUGAUGGACUCGAUGAUCAUGUACAACAAAGGGGCCGGUAGCAGAUGACCUCAGUCUCCUGACUUACAAGGCACUGGGACAUCAGCUUUACAUGAUCUGAAUUUAAAUAGUUGGCAGAUUCAUUUGAAUUGUCAUACAUCCAUCUUGUACAAAUAAACCUGGUGUAAACUUGA